GCCUGAAGUGGGCGAAGUCGAGGCUGGUGGAGUCGGAGGACAGCUAGGAUACCGAAGACGGUGGGGAGCCUUAGGAGGGUGGGACCUGAGGCCUACUCUCCCAGAGUACCCCGCGCUGUGAGGUCUGUGAGGCGGGCGUCCCUCACGGGCAGUGCGGCUCCUGCUCUCCUUUAGAGGUCUUCGCUGACGGGCGCUUCUGUUCGGGCAAAAAAUAGAAACUUUUGAAAACGAACAAAGUUUAUACAGCGUGAGGGUGCAUGGCCUUCUCUCCGCCAGGGCAUACUUCAAAGUUCCUUAGAAAAGCCAAACUGAGGUUUAUUUUGAUAGCUCCAUAGUUUAUAUGGUGAAAGCAGCCCGGCUUGGAUGUGAGGAUAACAACUUGCACUAGCUGACGCAGAAAAACAAGCAAAAUGUCACUAAAAACACGUCCGAAUGUGGGGUUUAGAAUAGUCCAUGCCUGAAGAAAGGGAUCUAGUUGAGUGGGUGGCGGUGGAGUCACUGUUAAUUCCGGCUCUAAUAAGUGGCAUGGUAGCGAUCGUGAAGAAGCUCACGUAAUGCUCACUUAAAUAGGCAAAGCUAGCUCCACUGAAGGCCAGUUAAUAACCGAAGAGCUUUUCCAAAGUUUGAUUCCGCGGAAACGUGAAUUCAGGGCCACCGUUGCUAUAGAAUUGUGAAGCGGAAUGGCUUUCUUUUUGUCAAUAAGUAAAAAAUAAUACCAUUAUGCGAGUAAAAAUGAUGCAGCCAUUAAAGAAGACCAUCCGGUAUGUUCCAGAGGAAUCCAAAGACAAAGUUAUCUCAGAUGAAGAUGUCCUAGGAACAUUACUGAAAGUUUUCCAGGCUCUGUUCAUUAAUGAUUUCCAUAAGCAAUCAGAUAUCUUGACUAUGCUUCCAGAAACCGUUAAAUCAAAAUAUCAUGACCUACUGUCAGUUCAACAUCCAAGGGUGAAACUGCUUGAAUACAGACAUCAACAGCAAAAUAUCUUUAAACCAGAAGAAAUUCUUUAUAAGACACUGGGUUUCAGUGUUGCCCGAGCAACUAGCUCAUUGAUUUCUGCUGGAAAAGGUGUCUUCGUUACCAGAGGAUUGGUACCAAAAGGCGCGGUUGUAUCUAUGUAUCCUGGUACAGUAUAUCAGAAGUAUGAGCCAAUCUUUUUCCAAUCCAUUGGAAAUCCAUUUAUUUUUAGAUGCCUGGAUGGGGUACUUAUUGAUGGAAAUGACAAAGGAAUAUCAAAAGUCGUAUACAGAUCUUGCAAUGGGAGGAAUCAACUUGGUCCUUUAAAAAUGAGUGACAGUACAUGGCUAACAUCAGAAAUUUGUAAUCCACUUGCUGUAGGACAGUAUGUCAACAAUUGUUCAAAUGACAGAGCCGCUAAUGUCUGUUACCAGGAAUUUGAUGUGCCUGCAGUUUUUCCUAUAGAGCUAAAACAGUAUCUUCCAAACAUUGCCUACAGCUGUGACAAACAAAGGUUAGUCUUUUCCUAUCCCCUGUCUUCUGCUGUACUCAAAAAACAUGUAUAUUCGAGGGUGCCUGGGUGGCUCAGUUGGUUGAGCAUCUGGCUCUUGAUCUCAGCUCAGGUCAUGAUCUCACGGUUUGUGGGUUCGAGCCCCACAUAGGGCUCUGCACUGACAAUGUGGAGCCUGCUUGGGAUUCUCUCUCUCACCGCCCCCCACCCCUGCCUCUCUUGUGUGUCCUCUCUCAAAAUAAAUACAUAAACUUAAAAAAAAAUUUUUUUAAAUAUAUAUAUUCCAAGAAAAAGCUAUACAGAACUUGGAAUAAUUUCUCUUAGGAAAAAAUUAUAACUUAAAUUUUGAUUUUCAUCAUACCUUAAUGUAUUAAUGUAGGCUCAUUUGAAGUUUAAUAUUUUUCAUUAACUUAGCUCAUUCUGCUUCUUAUUACCCAUUUUCAUUCUAUGUAGUCCUUUAUAAGUAUCAACCUUAAAAUUUUUUUCAAGUGAUUCAUUGUUACUUUUCUACUUACAAAAUCUUCAAAUACAUUUUUUAAUCAUUUUAAGGAUUAUGUUCUUCAUCUCACUUGAGAACACCCAGUUGAAGAAAAAGGCUAAAUUACACUAUUCUUUCUUUUGCUCAUUUCACUAUUACGUUUGGAAACUUAAUGAAAAAUGAGGAAAUAUUCAGGGGCACCUGGGUGGCUCAGUUAAGUGCCUGACUUUGGCUCUGGUCAUCAUCUCACAGUUCAUGGGUUUGGGCCCCAUGUUAGACUCUGUGCUGACAGCUCAGAGCAUGGAGCCUGCUUCGGAUUCUGUGUCUCCCUCUCUCCCUGCUCCUCCCUGACUCACACUGUCUCUCUCUCUUUCUCUCUCAAAAAAAUAAACAUUAAAAAAAAGAGGAAAUAUUCAGAAAAUACAUAUUAUUAAUGUAACAUUUCUAUUCAAUAAGUGGAAAGUCUGAAAGUGUUCAAGUAACAAUUUCUAACUGUAAGUAAUUCUGUAGAGUUCUUUAUCAACAGUGCUAUAGGAAAAUAUAAUCUUUAUGUCAUGUCACUGAGCUGCCAGGUGCUAGCAAACUUUAUUUUUUAUGGGCCCCAUUAAAUUGUCCUUUUAAGAUGAAAGAGAUUUAAAACUUAGACUGUUCUUUGGGGGCACCUGGGUGGCUCAGUUGGUUGAGCGUCCAACUUUCAAUUUCAGCUCAGGUCAUGAUCCCAGGGUUAUGGAAUCAAGCCCCUCAUUGGGCUUCACACUGAGCAUAGAGCCUGCUUAAGAUUCUCUC